CCGUAAGUAGUGAUGGGCAAGCGCGGGAUUCAUCACGUGAUGCACGGGAUAAUUCGGGCAAUGCCAUAAUUCCAGCCGAAACUUACGGUAAUCUUGGUAACAAUCUGUGGAUCCCGCGCGCAUCCCGUGCAUGA